CACCGCUACUACAGAAGUCGCGGGAUCGAGUGGUAAAAAUUGAGGCGGUGAAAGCAUUUCCAAUAAUUAGUUUAUUUUUGUUAGAUUUAGCAUGACAAGAUUCUGAAUGAUAAAGCAAUAAUCACGAGAAUCAUCAUGAAUCUGGACAGACUGCGGAAGCGUGUUCGUCAUUAUAUCGAUGAGCAACAGUAUCAAAGUGCCCUGUUUUGGGCAGACAAAAUCGCAUCACUGUCACACGAGGACCCACAGGACGUGUAUUGGCUAGCACAGUGCCUUUACCUCACAUCACAAUAUCACAGGGCCUCGCAUGCUCUCCGAUCACGAAAACUAGAUAAGCUGUACAGAGCUUGCCAGUGCCUUGCUGCUAAAUGUCACUAUGCUGCUGCGGAGUACCAGCAGGCUCUUGAUAUCCUUGACAUGAAAGAGCCCCCUAGCAAGAAGCUGUUGGGAAAGAGUGCAAAGAAGGACAAAGGCAUCAAAGAGUCAGCCAAGGACUGGGGCAUGCCUACCUCUUCAAUCAAGAGCUCUAUCUGCCUUUUGCGGGGGAAGAUCUAUGAUGCUAUGGGAAAGAGACCACAGGCGACAUCCAGCUACAAAGAGGCCUUGAAGCUAGACGUCUACUGCUUUGAAGCCUUUGACCUUUUAACAGCCCACCACAUGCUGACUGCUCAAGAAGAAAAAGAGUUUCUGGAUUCCCUUCCACUAAGUGAGCAAUGCACAAAAGAAGAGGAGGAACUGCUGCGUUUUCUGUUUGAAAGUAAAUUGAAAAAGUAUAACAAACCCAGUGAGCUGGUUAUCCCUGGCACAGUAAAUGUCCUUCAAGACAACUUGGAUGUGGUUGUGUGUUUAGCAGAGAGACAUUAUUAUAACUGUGAUUUUAAUACAUGCUACAAACUCACAUCAAUGGUGAUGGUCAAAGACCCAUUCCAUGCCAACUGUCUCCCGUUACACAUAGGAACGCUGGUGGAGCUCAGCAAAUCAAAUGAGCUUUUUUACCUCGCACAUAGAUUGGUGGAUUUGUACCCGAAUGGUACAGUAUCAUGGUUUGCUGUAGGAUGCUAUUACCUCAUGGUUGGCCACAAAAAUGAACACGCAAGAAGAUACCUUAGUAAAGCCCUUGCCUUGGAGAGAAAUUUUGGUCCUGCGUGGAUUGCUUUCGGGCAUUCCUUUGCCGUGGAGAGUGAACAUGACCAGGCUAUGGCUGCCUACUUUACAGCUUCCAAACUCAUGAAAGGGUGCCACCUUCCGAUGCUGUACAUUGGCCUGGAAUAUGUUUUGACGAACAAUUCCAAGCUGGCUGAGAAAUUCUUCAGCCAGGCCCUAAGUAUCGCUCCAGAGGAUCCGUUUGUGAUGCAUGAAGUGGGCGUGGUGGCCUUUCAGAAUGGAGACUGGAAGAUGGCGGAGAAAAUGUUUCUUGAUGCAUUGGAGAAAAUAAAAGCCAUCGGAAGUGAGGUGAAUGUUGAUAAAUGGGAGCCUCUUUUAAACAAUCUGGGUCAUGUUUGUCGAAAACUUAAGAAAUAUGAUCAAGCUCUGGAGUACCAUCGACAGGCUCUUGUACUAAUUCCCCAGCAUGCCUCGACAUAUGCUGCCAUUGGAUAUGUGCACAGCCUCAUGGGAGACUUUGAGAGUGCCAUUGACUACUUUCACACAGCCCUUGCUGUUAAAAGAGAUGACGCAUUUUCUGUGACCAUGCUGGGGCACUGUAUUGAAAUGUACAUUGGUGAUGAGGAAGCCUACAUAGGAACUGACCUCAAGGACAAGCUCCGCAGCCCCCUCAGUACACCUGCCCUGAUGAAAAUGCUCAACACCAGCACAGUGAACUCCACCACAGCCAACACCAGCACAGUGGACACCAGCGAGUGCCAAAAUCAGACUCUCGAGGAGAGCAGCAUCAUGUCUUUAGAAACUACACCUCAUCCUGACAAAUCAGCUGGGACUGCUCCUCGACCUAUUGUCCCGUUUGAGUUUGACGUGUACGAAAGUGACAUGAUGUUAGAAACAUCCAUGUCUGACACCAGCACGUGAGGCAUAUCAUUUUCCUGGGGUCAUUUUCAGAUGUGUUGGAGGAAAACAUCUCCUGAGGCAGCAGCGAGGAGAAAGCAGGCCUGAACCAUCCCCAUCUAAAAUGGGAAAGCACAGCAGCCAAAAAAGUCAACUGUCUCAAAAUUGGCUCCCAGUGCCCAGCUAUGUAUUAUCUACCUGUGGAUUUUUACAUCAUUGAAUAAAUAAAAUGUUCUGAACAGAU